AUGAGUGGAGAUGAUUUUAUUGACGAAAUUGAGCCCAUGAUGGACCAUGGGUGGAGCCUCAUGUCUGAUCCAUCCAGUGACGCGCAGCCAGACCCGGUCCCCAUGUUCAGUGCCAGUGCUAACGACCUUAACCCUGCCAACCUGUCUGCCAACCUGUCACUUGUGAUGAAUUUUGUGUUCAUGACCCUACUCAUGUCCAUGGAUAUACAUAAGCUUCCACGCAUAUAUAUGUACUGGGCACGCAGACUUGACUAUGGUGGGCCAAAGUGCUUCUGCAAGGAAGUCAAGGGUCGGUCACGCUUUCUGUGCCUCCUCAAGUUUUUGCGUUUUUCGCCCAUGGACCACGUAAAGACCUCCCAUCUCCCCAGGACGUGCAUCGAACCCUUCUUUAACCUUAUUUGGCAGCGUUGUGAGUUCUUACUUUCACCUGGGAGGGACAUUGCUGUCGAUGAGAGUCUGAUGUUGUGCAAGGGGGAGACUUGUUUCAAACAAUUUAUCCGAACCAAGCAGUCCAGGUUUGGAAUAAAGGUGUUUGUUCUGUGCCCCUCAAAUGCCAAGUGGAGCGGCUACUCAUGGAACUUCAAGAUGUAUUAUGGGAAAGACUCCAGCUUCUCCUCACCUGAUGAAGCCUCCUCCUGCAAGCUAAGCAUGUCGGAGCAGGUCAUGGUACACUUGAUGCGGGACCUGUUGGACAAGAGGAGGCACAUUGUGACAGAUAACUGGUACACCAGCUUCCACCUGGGGGAGUAUCUCCUCACCAGGGACACACUGCUGGUGAACCCGGUGGAGAAGAGUCCAAAGUACUUUGAGGACAAGGCUUCAGUUUACUUCAAGCCUCUCCAUUUUGAGAGGUAUAAUGCUCUGAUGAGGAGUAUAGAUAAAACAGACCAGCUCCUGGAGCCAUACGCCUACAAAAACAAGCCCUUGGCCUUGUUCAAGAAGCUGGGAAUUCACUUCAUUUUCCGGGCCCUGCUGAAUUCCUUCUUAGCCUACUGCAACACCACCCCAACAUACAAAAAGGACUUCGUGCAUUUUAUUCUGGAAGUGUUGGACGAUCUGGCAGCUCAGUACAGCACGGACGCCAAGGCAAUAGUGAAGAAGGACCAGGAGCAGAUUGCACAUCCCAAUCAGCCACCACAGAAGAAGCCCAAGUCUAAACUUCUCCACUGUCUCAUCCCCUUCACACUGCACAAGAAACAGAAGUCAUGUCGCAUCUGCUCCAAGAAAUUCAGCAUAAGGAAGAAUACUAUUUACCACUGCCCUAGGUGCCCUGGAGAUCCUGCCUUGUGCUGCAACUCGCACUACAUGGCCUAUCAUGAGCAAGAUGAACCCAAAACACCCAAACUCGUCCCACGAAACAAAGGGCCCAAGAAAGGAGAGAAGUCAAAGAAGCCCUGGGAACUCCAGCCGGGUCCCAGUGGCGCUCAAAACUAA